UGGUCCAAAUCCUGGAAGUGCCGGCCGGGGAUUGGAGGAUUUCCAGCCUUAGAAAAUCCACUAAAUCGGGCGUCGGUCUUCGGCUGACCACCGUGAGCCACAACUGAUGCAGUUUAGGAGUCACGCGCCGGUAGCCGCCGCCGCCUGAUGCGCCCACUACCUUCUCUCGUCACCGCUGGUUUCACCGCCGCCCUCCUCUCCGCCUUCCCCUUCCCCUCUCCUCCUAAUCUCCUCUUCUUCGCCGCCGCAGCGUCUUUCUCCGUCGUCUGCUUGUUCAGGCCACCCUUAUCUACUUCCGCCCCUGUCUCCCGCCGCCAUCGGGGCCCCUACCACGCGGUGACGAUGAGACGCGCUGACUCCCCCCCGCCGUCCCUCUCCUUUUCCUCGCCGGAGUCGCUCAAUGAUUGGAUCCGACCCCGCCUCCCCUCCGACGCUUUGGCCUCGUGGGGCGCCUCCCCCGGCACCAAAUCUCUUCAUAAUCUCUGGCUCGAGAUCUUCCACGGCGAGGCCUCGCUCCUUCUCCUCCCCCACUCCCAGGAUGAGACAAGAGGCGGCGAAGAUGGCUCCUCUACCCUUCUCCGCGUUGUCAACGUGGCUGCCGUGAGGAUCCGCAACUCUAGCGGCGCCGUCCUUGUUGAAUCGCACCAACUCCUCUCCGACGGCACUAUACGCCACCGCUACCGGCCCCUCUCGGAGAAGAUGAUGCCCGGGGAACCCGUGGAGGCGGCGGUCGCCCGUGCAGUGCGUGAGGAAUUGGGGAAGGAUGUCGUGAAGAUUGUGCCGGGGUCAUACAAUAUGAGGGUUGAGGAGAGGACUUCCGCCUCGUACCCAGGCCUUCCGGCACGAUACGUCUUGCAUUCUGUUGAUGCCGAGGUGGAGGGACUGCCGGAGGAGGGCGAAUUCUCGACUGAAGAGAACGGGGAAGGCAUUGAGGCAAUGGAGAAGGCAAUUUUUGUUAGGAGACAUUUCUGGAAAUGGGUAACUGAUGACGAUGGCAGCAUCGAGCGAGCAUGGGGAUGAUUAGGGCAUACAAAGGUGAAAUUUUGUCUUAGAUGUGCAAAUGCUUAUCUGUUUAGUACUUAUUGACCAGUUAUUGACUAUAGAAAUCUGUUUUAGAUUUGGCAAAGAUCUGUUGGUAAAGAGAGGCUAUGUGAUAGAUAUCAAUGACAUCUAUAUCAAUGGUUUGAUAUAUGGUAUGAAUGGCACUGAGUUAGAGAAUAUUUAUUCA